AUGGCAUCUAUGACAUCUAUAGUGAAGACGGCCGACUACAUCUUGUCGAGGCCAACAUUGUCUAAGAUCAUCACUCCAAUUUCCAAAGCGUUUGUUUCCUAUGCUGGAUACAGGGAGAUGGGUUUAAAAUUCAAUGAUCUACUCAUUGAAGAGACCCCAGUCAUGCAAAAGGCCAUUUCCAGAUUACCCGAAGAUGAACUGUACGCUAGAGUUUACAGAAUGCUUACUGCUCAUCAGUUGUCCUUGUCCCAUCAACUUCUUCCCCCUAACAAAGCUGUCAAGCCGGAAGAAGACACUCAUUACUUGGUGCCAUACAUCUUGGAAGCUGAAAAGGAAGCAUUCGAGAGAGUGGAGUUGGACAACAUUGAUGUCGCUAAAUAG